CACAACCGCAGCCCGCGCCGUCGGUGGGCAGCAGCUUCUUUAGCUCGCUGUCCCAAGCCGUGAAACAGACGGCCGCCUCUGCGGGCCUGGUGGACGCGCCCGCGCCCGCCGCCGCCAGGAAGGCCAAGGUGCUGCUGGUCGUCGACGAGCCGCACACCGACUGGGCCAAGUGCUUUCGGGGCAAAAAAGUCCUUGGAGAUUACGAUAUCAAAGUGGAACAGGCAGAAUUUUCAGAGCUCAACCUGAUAGCGCAUGCAGAUGGGACCUAUGCUGUGGACAUGCAGGUGCUCCGGAAUGGCACCAGGGUGGUCCGGUCCUUCCGGCCAGACUUUGUGCUCAUCCGGCAGCACGCAUUUGGCAUGGCAGAGAAUGAAGACUUCCGCCACCUGAUCAUCGGCAUGCAGUACGCAGGUCUCCCCAGUAUCAACUCACUGGAAUCGAUUUACAAUUUCUGUGACAAGCCAUGGGUGUUUGCCCAGAUGGUGGCCAUCCACAAGAGCCUGGGAGGAGAGAAGUUCCCGCUCAUUGAACAGACCUUCUACCCCAACCACAAAGAGAUGCUGACUCUGCCCACGUUCCCUGUGGUGGUGAAGAUUGGCCAUGCUCACUCGGGUAUGGGCAAGGUCAAAGUGGACAACCACUACGAUUUCCAGGACAUUGCUAGUGUGGUGGCCCUCACCCAGACCUACGCCACCUCAGAGCCUUUCAUUGACGCCAAGUAUGACAUCCGGGUCCAGAAGAUAGGCAACAACUACAAGGCUUACAUGAGGACAUCCAUCUCAGGGAACUGGAAGACAAACACAGGUUCUGCAAUGCUGGAGCAGAUCGCCAUGUCAGACAGGUACAAGCUGUGGGUGGACACUUGCUCUGAGAUGUUUGGUGGCCUAGACAUCUGUGCUGUCAAAGCUGUACACGGUAAAGAUGGGAAAGACUACAUUUUUGAGGUCAUGGACUGCAGUAUGCCGCUGAUCGGGGAACACCAGCUGGAGGACAGACAGCUCAUCAUAGAACUAGUCAUCAGCAAGAUGAAUCAGCUGCUUUCCAGGACCGCUACCCUGUCUCCUCAGAGACCCUUAACCACCCAGCAGCCACAGAGUGGAACGCUAAAGGACCCGGACUCCAGCCAGACUCCACCUCAGCGGCCACCCCCCCAAGGGGGCCCUGGGCAACCCCAAGGAAUGCAACCCCCAGGCAAGGUGCUGCCUCCACGCCGGCUCCCCCCUGGACCAUCAGUGCCACCUUCCUCCUCAUCCUCCUCCUCUUCCUCCUCCUCCUCCUCGGCUCCUCCUCGGCCAGGCGGCCCCACCACCCAAGGAGAUGUGCCCUCCAGCAGGACCUCCUUGGCAGAGGCCCAGCCACCCCCGGCUGCUCCACCACAGAAGCCCCAGCCUCACCCACAGCUCAACAAGUCGCAGUCCCUGACAAAUGCCUUCAGCUUCUCUGAGUCCUCCUUCUUCCGCUCUUCAGCCAAUGAGGAUGAAGCCAAAGCGGAGACCAUCCGGAGCCUGAGGAAGUCCUUUGCCAGCCUCUUUUCAGACUAGCCCGGAGGCACACGGGGACACCCGCUCCACAGGGAACGGCAUCCGAGCAUUUGCCAGUAGUCAGUUGGUAUCACUUGAUAGAUGCCCUGUGACUGUGCCGUGUGUGGCCC